AAAAUUUUUUAGCAGCAUUUCCGACAUGCCAAAGACUGUGUCUACAAGCGCCCUUAGAAAAUAAAUUCAAAAUAUUUCCGAACAUGUAAAAAAAGUUUUUUAUUCAAGAUUUCCAAGGCUUCCAAUGGGCCCUUCUUGUAUCUUCUACAAGCAUUUGUUAUGUCACUUCUAAGUAACUUCCAGAAGUCACUUCGGCGAUAUAGGAUUCGGAUCGCGGAAGUCAUCCCGUCGGGAAGAAAUGUGCCACUUUGGCGGCACUUCUCGGAGUCACUUCGGCGACACUUCCAGAAGUCACUUGGGCGAUAUUACCAAAGCCACUUCAAGACUCCCACCAUACUGCGGAACCUCAAAUCGGAAGACCACAUGAUUAAAUGGAAGAGGUUCCGCAAAAGCUCUUUUAUGAUAGGAGGGAGCCGACAUCCGAAGAACGUGGAAUUUCGUAUAUUUUGGCUUGAAAUCUAUGAUGUCUGCUGGACUCUCGCAUGCUGCCUUAACCGUUUGCCACAUGGAUUCGAAAUGAUCGCGACGAACUUUACAAGCGGUUGGGGUGGAGCCCCUGGAGCCAGCGUUCACCUGUGGCCAUAAAUGUGGCUAACGCUGAUUUUACUGACGAAAAAUAAUUUCUAAUUUUAAUUUCGCGGUAAGGAAACAGAAUCGGACUAGAAACUAAUUGGAAUUAAAAAACAAUUAAAAUCCGUAAAAAUAUACGGUCACACUUGCUUAUUACUUAUACCAGAUGAUCGGACUAUUGAGAAAAAAUACGGAUACGAUUUUUCUUUUAUUUGUUACGAACAUUUAUUAAGCGCUGGAAUAAAACGAAGAUAUGCGUGUGUA